AUGGACGGACCCUACGCUCGAGAGUUGGCCACUGCCAUCGCUGCCAUUCAGCACGCUGCUAGACUCAGCCGACGCGUACUCGUCGCCUCUGACAAAGGCGUCGUAACCAAAGAGGACCUGAGCCCAGUCACCGUUGCCGACUUUGCUAUCCAGGCGCUGCUGACCAGCACACUGCAUGCCGCUUUCCCCGACGACAAGUUCGUGGGCGAAGAGUCUGCGGCAGACCUCAGAGAAAACCCCAAGCUUUGCGAAUCAGUGUGGGCGCUUCUGCAGCAGGUCGCAAGCGAAAAGGAAGAAGAUUCACUAUGCAAGCUGCCGGCGUCGCCAGAGGAGAUGUGCGAUAUGAUUGACUGGUGCGGUCUUGGCGAGCCUUCACCAACUGGUCGGUUCUGGGUCUUUGACCCGAUCGACGGAACCAAAACCUUCGUCAGGGGCGAGCUUUAUGCCAUCAAUGUUUGUCUCAUGGAGGAUGGAAAGCAGAGCGUGGGCAUCGUUGGCUUGCCGUUGUUGUCGGCGGAUGCUAAAGCGCCAAUCAACAACGACUCCAUCGACCCCACUGGCACGGGCAGUAUCAUGUUCGCUGUCAGGUCCCACGGCACCUUCAUCCGGCCGCUACCCGGCCCGAUCGAUCUGCAGCCGACAAAGAUCCCCCGUCACGCCGAUGUCGCCACGCAGACCCUGGUUUCGGUAACUUGCAUCGAGGGCUCCGAGUCCGGGGCCCCUGGGAUUCACCAAAAAGUUGCUGAGCGUCUCGGCGUUGCGUACCCGGGCAAUGACUUGCUCGGCUGGGUCCUGCGUUGGACUGUGCUGGGUCUGGGUCAGGCAAACUGUACGUUCUGGGCGUACAGACGGCGGGACCGCCUGGCGAAGAUCUGGGAUCACGCGGGCGCCAUGUUGUUAUUUGAGGAAGUCGGCGGUAAGGUCACCGAUGUUGACGGAAACCCAGUGAACUUGACGGCGGGGCGGAAAAUGGUGGCUAAUUAUGGAUUCAUCGCUGCACCGCCAUCAGUUCAUGCCCGGGUGUUGGAGGCUGUGAGGGAGACGUUGAAGGAAGAUGGCUUGCACGAGCUUUUGGGCUAG